AUGGCGGGAAUGGCAGGAGAACAACCUCCAGGAAGAUCAAUUUUUUUGGACGUGUUUCGAAGAGCAGAUAAAACCGAUGAUGGUGCUCUGUCUCUGGAAGAGUUCAAGGCAUUCUUCAGCGAUGGAAUCUUGUCGAACAAAGAUUUGGAAAAGUUAUUUCAUGACAUUGAUACACACAAUACAAAUAAUUUGGAUACUUCUGAGUUAUGUGAUUACUUCAUGAAAGAAAUGGGACCUUUCUCUCAGAUCUUUGCUAAUCUGGAGAGCAUGAACACGGCUGUCAGUAAUGCUUUAAUCGAGUCUGCAAAGGCGUAUCCUGACAAGUCCUUUAUUGGAAAGUUUACCACUCGCUUCCUAUUGAGUGAGAUUCAGGGACAGAUGGGUUGUCUGGCACAUCACAUCAAUGCUGCAGUGGACAAGAUUGAUGAGGAAGAAGCACAGCAAAGACCUGAUGUUUGUCAAGCUGCGGUCACCAACACAAGUGUAAGAGGAGGCAGGAUGAAGAGAAAAAUGCAUUCAUUUGGACAACAAACCAGCCUUGAUGCUAGCCAGCAAGCAAUGAGACAUGGCUUGUCCCUGGAAGUAGAUCGUCUUUCAGAGCUCAUUAACAAAUUGGAAAAUAAGGUCAAAUUUGAUGUCAUUGAUGAAGAAGAAGUUGAAGUUGGAAAAGAACACUCGGUGAUUUUAGUAUCAAGGAAAUUUCAAGUUAAGGCUGAAAGAGAAUUCCGUUCAAACUUGAAGAGUUAUGUGGCAGCCACGUCUUUAGCGGAUGGCUGUUUCCAUCUUGCAAUACGCACGAUCAGUGAAACAAACACGUUUGUGGUGUACGAGAUUUGGGCGAGCAGUGAAGAUUUGAAUAGACACUUCUCCUCUGAUACGUCAAAGUCAUUCAUGCACGGAAACAUCGACUGUAUGGAACAACCCGAGGAAUACCAUAAGAUGGCAGUACCUGCGUCAUGGUGGAGGGCAACAAACAACUAAAAUCACUACGUCGACAACUAGACAGAAUUUUGUUAAUAGCCGAGGCAAAGUGGCUCUCAUCUUAUCGGUUGAUGUAACCAAGGAUUAGAACCAAGGGACUGAACUCACCCAGUGGGUCUUCCCUCCUUUUUUUCUAGUUAAUCUUUUACACCCCAACCUAAGCAUAUAUUUUCUCCACUCUGUUCUGUAAGGUCUUUAUUUGGUGAUUAUUUCCUUUACUCUAAUGACCUUAAUUUUUUAUUCAAGGGUGAUAUUUUACGGAGAUAUUAGAUGCUAGUCAGUCUUUGGGGUCAAAGGGUAACAUGGUUCCUUCACUCUGAUACAACCUCGUUCCCAGGGCUUUUCCCUUUUUGAAUUUUGGCGCCCGCCAAAAUUCGAAAAGGGAAAGCCCUGGGAACGAGUUCGACUCUGGUAAUCUCUUGUUACAUCAAAAGUACGCUUCGCCUGACAAGGUCAAACAACAAUUUCCAUUCCAUUUACGAGAGACCAAAUCCUAAUUCGUUGCCACAGCCAGUUCAUAAGGUCAUUCCCAACUACAGUUAACGAUUUGGGAUCAAUAACUUAAAAGAAUUUUUUUUUUUGGUAGAAGUCCGAGCUCCGUCAACUAUGAGGUCUCUGACCUAGACCUCUGUAAAAUUGGUUUACAUGUCAAAGAGCUAACACACAAGCAACGUCCUCAAUAAGGCUGUUUUAGUGUGGUUUUAUACACUAUCUUUUAAGGGGGCAAUAACAAUUAUUCAUCAAUUAACUAUUCUUCAGUGGUAACUUAAGAGGGUUUGGACGGUAAGAAUAAUCGCACAUAGUCACUCAUAGUGGCACUAAACAUAACACGAUUUAGGUCAUACAUAUAUACAUAUAGCCUGGAUAAAGAUAAAAAAUGUUUUCUUUUGAGAUACAGAGAUUUCUAGAUAAGCCAUGCAUAGGUGUGCCUAGGUUUAAUAUUCCUACUUUUACUUCUUCGCACUGAAAACGGUCCAGGCACAUUGACCCCCCCCCCCUCCUCCCGAGGGGAAAGUCAGAAUGGCACGACAAACUCUCGCUUAGAAUUAAACAGGUUUUUGAAUGAAAUGAGAUAGGGGAAUGUAAACCCUGAUCACAGCGAUUAAUUUUUAACUAAAAAUUACAAGCUAAUAAAUUUUACUCAAAACUGCUAAAGAAAACUUAUUCUUCCCUUACACACUUAACUUCAGUUGUAUAAUGAAUGUUGGUACACUAAAUAACCACAAUACAUUUUCAAAUUUACAUUAAAUAAUCUUUAAACGAUA